UAGAAAUCGAUAACUACCAACUGACUAGAAUUAGUACAGUCGAGUUGCUAGACAUUCAUGCAUCCUGAAGUCUUACCACAAAAAUAAAAACUGAGAGCAAAUAAAUCAACCGGUUUAUUCUAGCUGUAGAAAAAGCUAUGUGAUAAUGAAUAGAUCAUUGAUAUUUUCUGAGACGGCGGGAUAAUUAGCUUCUGCCGAUAUCUGUGAAGCGCCGGUCCUAAACUUAGUUGCAUACUUUAUUGGAUUACGUGCUGAAAUUGAAAUGGAGUUUUCAGAGCUGUCGAACGGCGAUCUUGACUAGUGUACUAACAAUUACUUUGAUAGUCAUCGUUAGGUCUGACGUAAAUUUAAAAUGUCAGACUCAGAUCAUAGCAUCAAUGUAAUUUUUGAGGGUCAAAAGUAUGUGGUCCCUUUACCAUCAGAUAGCGAUGCGACACUUCAGAACUUAAUGAAGUCAGUAGAGUCUGUUUUGCACAUCCCAUUUGAUAAACAAAGAUUAAUUUACAAAGGAAGAUCUCUCACAGAUCCCGAUGCACUAAUUUCUUCACUCGGUCUCACACCUGGGUCUAAAGUUAUGGUUCUUGGUUCAGUUGAUAAACUUGAUCCCGAAGAAGCAGCGAAGCUCACCAAGGCAAAAGAUAUAUCUGAUUCAGUCGACUUACAACUAAAAGAUCUCUCGAACAAGCUAGAUAAUAUUCUGUCUCAAAGUGAUUCUGGUAGCUCAAAUAUACCUGAACACGUGAAGUCUACACUUGACAUUAUGGAGUGCUGCAUGCGUACUCUUGAGCUUUUGGACUCUGUUCGGUUACCGUACAAUUGUGAAAAUGAACGCACUUGUCGUAAGAGGCUAGUAGAUACAAUACAAGAGUUUCUUGUACAGGCGGACAAAUUAAGGGAUGAAUUUUUAAAGUUGGUCAAAAUACAACACUGACAAAUUUCUGUUAACAUUUCUGUAACAGGGUGCUAACCAUUGUAUUAUUUUUGUGAAUAAUCAAAAAAUUAACAUUACGGUUUGAUA